GAGAGGACCACAUCACACAAGUUUCACAACACCUCUCUCUGCUGCUUGUUCCACCCACCAUGUUGUCCCUGGCCAUCAUUCUCUUGCUAUCGGUGGUCGAUCUGGGCCAAGCUCGUCCUCCAGGACUCUUUAGUGUACGCGCAUCAUCGGCAACGCUGCCACACCAAAACUAUACUGUUACUACUACCGGUACUUCCACCAGUAGUACCACAACUGGCAAACGACCGCUUCGAAUUUGCAUUCUUUGGGAGCCGAGUCCCCUGACAUAUCUGAGUGGUCAAGCCGGACGCUUUCAUGCAUUGGUGCAGCAUUUGGCAAACUCUGAUGAGUACAGAGUCCCAAUAACGGACGCAACAACAGCUGCCGACACUACUGGUACCACUUAUCCAUACUUGCACUUGGUGACGGCCGAAAAGGCCCACCCCAAUCCACCCAAGUGUUUCCAACCCAAAGACGAAGGCAAGCAGGCCGCCACAACGUCACCUACCAUACCGGUGCACUACAGCCAAGGGGUGGUCCUUCCCAAUUAUGCCGGGUUGACGGUCUGUGCCGAUUGGACCGCCAAAGUCCUUCGCUUGCUUUUUCCGUUUGGCAGAGGAAAAGACAGUCAGUUUGAUCUGAUGCAUGUCACCACUCCCGGGUUUUUGAUAUUCCCCGUUCUAGUCGCCAGAGUGCUCUAUCAGGUUCCCUUGGUGAUUAGUUAUCACACACAUUUACCAGUGUACAUGAGAUCCUACUUUCCCAUGAUUCCACGCUUGGCCGAGUGGUGUGCCUGGGCCAUUAUUCGCUUUGGACACUCCUUUGCCGAUAUGACGCUACUGACAAGUCCACAAAUUGCACAAGAAUUUAGAGAUCACAACAUUGACCGUUGCCGUGUCUGGCCCAAGGGAAUUGAUACCGAACGGUUUCAUCCCAGAUUCAAGAGUGCGGCCAUGAGAAAGCGCAUGAUAGCAGGAGGACGUGAGGAUUGUUUUCUCCUGGUCUAUAUUGGUCGAUUGGCACGAGAAAAGAGGUUGGAGGAGUUGAAAACAUUGCUCUCCAAACUCAAUGGUGACGAUUUGGCAGAUCAUCCCGACAAGGCUCCGUAUCGGUUGUGCAUUGUAGGGUCGGGUCCCACCGAGCAACAGCUCCGAGCACACUUUGAGGGUACUCCCACAACAUUCCUAGGUCGCUUGGAUGGAGAGGAACUCAGUCAAGCGUUUGCGUCAGGGGAUGUCUUUGUCAUGCCCAGUGAUUCCGAAACUCUGGGAUUUGUCGUCCUGGAAAGCAUGGCAUCGGGAGUGCCGUGUGUGGCGGCCAAAGCCGGUGGUUUACUGGACAUUAUCCAGCACAAUCAAACAGGGCUGUUUGCACAGACUGGCAAUAUUGCAGAGUUUGCUGCUUGUGUCAAGGAGCUGCAGUACAAUCCAGAGUGCCGCAAGAGGCUGUCGGAAGUUGGCCGGCAGGAAACACAAAAGUGGAGUUGGGAUGCCUCGAUGAAGCAUGUCCAAGAAGACCUCUACCAGGAGGCAAUCCGGAACUUUUCGCAGCGGCCAAUGCAGCGUUUCCUGCGCUGGUUGCGAAUCAAACAAUAGAAUGUUCAUAAAUAGUGAUAUAUUAUAUAUAGAAUAUGUAAGCUUCA